AUGGAGGUGAUGCAGCGACAGCUCCGGUUCUUCCUGCAGGAGGGCCUGCACGAGUCUGCAGAGCUGAUGGCGCAAUUGUUGCUUGCUGCUGAGUCGACGCUGCCUGACGUGGAUGCAAUGCAACACGCGGAAAACAUGAUCCUUCUCGCUGACGCAUAUCGAGGGACAAAGCAGUACCGGCGAGCGCUGGCUGAAUAUCGAGCAGCCCUACAGCUGGCGAGCCACGCCGGCAAGUCCGGAAUUGGGCGCUCCGGUUUUGGGGGGGUCCUGGGCGCUGCUGAGCAGACCCCCGAAGGAACGGGAAGAAUUGAUGAGAACGAAGUCAAGUAUCGAAUGGCGCAGUGCCACCUGUCGCUCAAUGAGAUGAGGGCGGCGCUCCAGGAGUUAGAAACGGUUCCGUCCCGUGCCCGCACCUUGGCGAUGAACCUCUGUCUGGCGCGGUUAUACCAAUAUCAUGGAUACGACAGGGCCGCGAUUGCAUGCCACCGAGAGUGCCUUAGGCAGUGCCCGUACAUGUUGGAGUGCCACGUGGCACUCGCCCGGCUGCGCACGCCGACGCGCGAGAUCCAGGACCUGCUCCCAAUGCCGCCCCCGCCCGUCUUCGGCUCCCGCGAUCUUUCGACCGAUCCGCUCGACCCCGCUCUCUGGCUUCAGCAAUUCGUGGAGGGCCACGUGGCAGCCGCGGCGCACGAGCACCGCAAGGCACGUGCCCACUGGGGGGCGCUGCAGGAGCGCUUCCCCGGGGCGCAGCACCUCAUGCUCGAACAGGCCAAGGCUGAAGCAGCGUCCGACGCCGUCUCUGACGCGUGCGUGACGUACCAAAAGGUGCGGCUGAUGGACCCGGGAAUCCUCACGCAAAUGGACCGGUACGCGUUUCUGCUGAGGUCACAAGGCGAGAUUGCUGACCUGAACAAGCUAACCCACGAGCUUUUGAGCACGGAUUACCGGUGCCCGGAGAGCUGGGUGGCGUCGGCCAUCUUCUGGGAGGCGCGCGAGGACCUGCCGAAGGCGCUGACGUACGCAGACAAGGCGAUCAAGGCGAACGAUCGACAUGGGCUGGCGUACUAUAUACGGGGUAACUUGUGUCUCUCUAUGGGUAGAGCGGAGGCCGCCGUCGCGGCCUUUCGGCGGUCCCUUCAACUUGACCCGACUUUGCAGGGCUUUGAAGGUCUAGUCAAAGCGUCCCUGUCCGUAGCCAAGCCGAAGGAGGCGCUAGUGGUCGCCAAGGAAGCCGCGAAAGCGAUGCCGGGCUCCGCGCGGGCGGUGUGCUUACCGGGCGUUGCGUACAUGCACCUAGACCAGGGACAACGGGCCCACGCCCAGUUCGAGCGGGCGCUAGCGGUGGAUCCCAAGUGCCUGGAAGCGAUACUGGGCCUGGCGGAGCUGUACCAAAUGCAGGACCGACUAGGGGACGCACAACAGCUGUUACAACGACACUUGGAAACGCACAAGAAGGACUCGGUCCACUCGCGGCUGGCGGGCGUGCUCAUGGCGCAGCGCAAGCACAGCGAGGCGUUGUCGCACUUCCAGAUCGCGCUCGCGAUGAACCCGCGCAGCAAGGAGGCGCAGGCGGGGCUGGCGCGUCUAGAAAAGCUCAUGAAGGGGUUGGACCCCGAUGCGGAAGAAGACGAACUAGAGGAGGAAGACGAGGGGCAGGAGGGAGACGACGUGGACGACGGAGGCGAGGACGAGGGGGCGGGCGCGUUUAUGUAGAAAAAAAUGACGUGUACAGACGCUAGAAAUGAUUGUGUUUGGCUAGAAUAAACGUCGUAGCCCAGGUCGGCAUAAUUAAAAGUCGGACAUGCAGCCGACCGUCCUCUUUAAUCUGCCACAUCAGUUAGUGUUGAAAUUGAA